AGGUCCAUCCAAGCCACAUUCAGCUUCCUGAGUGAGGAUGAAGGCUGCGCAGUCAAGCCUGGCGUUGGUCCUGCUCUGCCUGCUGCGGGUGCAGGCCGAGCUCCCUGUGCAGCCAGGCUUCGACCCGGAGAAGUUUGCAGGGACAUGGCACAUCGUGGCUGCUGUUUCCAACUGCCCUGUGUUCCUGAGCAUGAAGGAUAAGAUAAAGUCAUCCACCAGCAUCUUCAGCUUCUUGCCAGACGGCAGCAUGGCUAUGAAGGCUAUUUUCCCUGUGGCGGAUGAAUGCAAAAACGUUGAGAUGCAUUUCCAGCAGAAGGGGCAGGUCGGGCACUACAUCACCACAGGAGAAGAAGGGAAGCGGGACCUGCGUGUGAUAGAGACUGACUACGAACACUAUGCCAUCGUGAGCACUGUCACGGAGAGUGACAAGAASACCAGCACUACACUGCAGCUCUACAUGAGGGGGCACGACGGGAGUCCCCAGCUCCUGAAGAAGUUCAAAGAGCUCUACCCCACCAUGGGCCUUACUGAUGAUAUGCUGGUGGUCAUGCCAAAGUCGGAUGAGUGCCAGCAGGCUGCCAGCAGCUGAAGACGGAUGGGUGUCCUCCAGACCAUGUGGAAACUGUGCUCUGCUCCCCUCCUCCACGGUGUCCCUUACCUUCCGGGCUGGGUCUGCCAGAUCUGCUACUGCCACCAAGAACACACUUCUCCCUCCUA